GCCUGGAAAGCAGGAAGGAGGAGGGGACGUUCUUGGAGAGUCAAUGAGAAGGUUCGGCGCUGCGGACCGAAGAGCUGAUUGUCGUCCUCCGACGCGCUCCAGCUGAGCUUUAGGGAGCCGCCGGUGCUUCCGCAGCUGCUGCCGCCUUCGUCACCCCCACCACUUAAGCCUGAGGCAGGCUGAAGAGCCGACGCCGGAGAUUUGCUGGUGCAGACGCAGCCCGAAGGACUCCUCGUCCAUGACAGGAAGCUAAACGGAGCACUCCAGGAUGAUGCUGGGGUCCGAGCGUGGAGUCGUGGAAGAAUGGCUGUCAGAAUUCAAGGUGUUACCUGAGUCUCAGAUUUCCAGCUAUGCUGCAACGCUUCAUCACAAGAAGUCUCUAGUUCCUGCCCUGUAUAAAAUCAUCCAGGACCCAAAUAGUGAGUUCUUGGAGCCAGUAUGUCACCAGCUGUUUGAGCUGUACCGCAGUUUGGAAGUGAAACUCAAACGCUUUACCUUGCAAUUCCUUCCGGAACUUAUUUGGGUGUACCUGAGAGUUACCGCCAGCAGAGAUCGUCAGAGUAAUGGCUGCAUUGAGGCGCUCUUGCUGGGUAUCUACAAUCUUGAAAUUGUGGACAAGGAUGGAAAUAACAAGAUGCUGUCUUUCACAAUCCCUUCGCUGUCCAAACCCUCAAUAUAUCACGAGCCAUCAAGUCUAGGGACCAUGGCUUUGACUGAAGGUGCUCUGAGCCAACAUGACCUCAUUAAGGUGGUCUACAGCGAUCUGCACCCCCAGAGGGAGACAUUCACUGCUCAGAACAGGUUUGAGGUGCUCUGUUUCCUGAUGGUCUGCUACAACUCUGCCGUGAUUUUCAUGCCAGCCUCCUCACACCAGGCAGCAUGUCGUAUGUGCUCCAGACUCUGCGUGUGUGGAUUCCCUCGACAGCAGCAGAAGUCCUGGAGUGAGGCUUGUGGUCGUGUCAUCCUUGACCCAGAGUUCAUGGUGCAGAUGCUGACAGCUGUCUACCAUGCAGUGUAUAACGGUGAAUGGGAUUUAGGCAGGGAAGCACUGGAAGACAUCAUCUACAGAGCACAGCUGGAGCUAUACUCCCAGCCUCUUCUGGUGGCAAACGCCAUGAAGAGCUCCCUCCCAGCUGAUGCUCCUGAUGGCUGCCGAGGGAGGAAGGUUCUUCAGGUGGAAGUGACCCCCACCGUGACUCGAAUCUCCCGCACUGCCAUAACUACUGCAUCCAUCCGACGGCACAGAUGGAAGAGGGAAGAUGCAGAAGGCAUGAGUGGAGAGGGGUCAGUCGCCCUGAAUGACCCUGACGAGGGAUUUUCGUCCGGAGCCUCUAACAACAGCCAACUUAGUAGUGCCCGGCCGCCCGGCUCAUCACAGAAGGGAAGCAUGAAAAAGGUUUCUGUGGGUCGCAGUGCCAAAGAGAAGGAGCUUCUUUAUGCCCCAGUGCCCUCCCGGUCCCUCCCCCCAUGUCCCAGCGUCUCCUUAGAAGCGAUCGAGUUGUCGCCAAUGAAGAAACACCUCAGCUUGCCAGCCAGCCAGACCCUCAUCAGAACUGCCAGCGCUACGUCGAGCAAAUCCUUUGACUACAUGAAUGGCAGCCAGAGUGGCGGCGACAACGAGGGCGUCACCAACCUGACGGCCAGCAGCACUCAUCGGUAUUCCACCAUCAGCCUGCAGGAAGAUCGACUAGUCAGGGCUGGUGAGGGCAAGGAUCUGCUGUCCGCCGGGACGCCCUUAACGAAGGCAGUCUCGCUCCCCAAGUUCAAUAUGCAAAUCAUAUCCCAGGUGUGAUGCGCCGGGGUGAGCGAGAAGGUGGUCAGCCGACCGGAACAGCUCUGCUGUGGACAUGGUGCUCGCUGCCCACUCUCCACUUUCCACUUUCCACUCCCCCCUCCCCCCACCCACUCAGAAGGAGUUCACACAGAAGGUACUCGGACUUUGGCGGCUAGAAACUCUUGAGGGAGAAGAAGGUGCCAAGAUGGCUGGUUGUGGAUGAGAGCCGGCAGCAGUCAGGGAGCUGCUCAUCCUCGGGUCUUGUGCCGUCUUUUGUCGGAGUUGCCUUUUUGUGUUUUUGGACUAAGCAGUACAUUCUCUAUGUAUUGUGUGGGGCACCAGAGCUCUCCUGUAACCCAUAGUCGUGGAAAACGUGAUUGUUGUGGGUCUGAUGUAAUCUAAUCCCAAGAAUCAUAGAGCACGCAUGUGUCACGCACACAUACUGCAUAUUGUAUGGAAUCAGCAAUAAGACAACCGUCGUACACUAAGGCCGUGUGAAUUGCUCAUGGAGCCGCUGUACAAAUGUCACUUUGAAUUCCGGCUUUUUCUUUAGGGUGAUGUGCAAUCAGUUUCUAUUGGUCUCUUUGAUUUUUUUUUUUUUUUUGUUACUUUGAUUUUUCCUGUUAAUCUGUGUUGGUCACAUCUGCUGGCUUGAUCCGGAUUAAAAGAAAUUUUGUCUAUAAGCAAUUCCUUAUCAAUACCUCUGAGAUUGAAUGAACAAAUUGGAAUGGACUGGUCUGAUGGGACUUGGCAUCCAACUGACUGGACGGCAGCUCGGUCCGCCCCCCUGCUCCUUAUUGGCUAGCUGGCUGGGACUGAGCCUUCGAACUGAUUGGAAGGUGGCACUUCCUGGUCUUGCUCCGGAUUGGCUAGUUGGCUGAGCUUGACUAGACUAUCACUGACGGAUUAAUGGGCUGCUCUGUCUGCUCCUGAUUGGCUAGCUGCUAGGGCGGAGCCUCUUGACUGAUUGGAUAGUUGUUUGGUGGUCUUCUUCUCCUGCUCGGUUAGCUGGCUGAGCUUGACUGGACCCUUGUUUGACUCACUUGAUGUUGGUCUCCUCUGCUUCUGGCUCGACUGGACCCUUGUAGGUCUUUGUUGUAUGUCCUCAUUUCUUGGAGAGUGGGCCCAUCGCCUCAGUCUUGGUUCUGUAUCACUGGCAUCCUGUUGAACAGGACCUGCAACACAGUAGGAGGCCAGUGAGCAGGUCGAGUGGAGCUUCUUUAAUGGGACUCAUCAGGCCCGAAAGUAUGAUGGCUAACUGGCGGGAUACGCACCACUGGUCGAUGUCAACACAUUCCCUUUUAAACAAUUCCCAGCUGGAGGAGGAUCAAAAAUUCAUCCCUGGUGCUGCUUAUCCCCUGCUGGGUAUUUUGAUUGGGUAGGCCGAGCUCCCCAUGAGCCGCACUCACCCACACUUUCCUGUCUCAUUGGUUAGCAAACCUCAGCCCCACCAAUUGAGAGUGAAGGGCCUGCCCAGAUGAGUCCAAUGGCUGGCAUUCCUUUGACGUAUCAAAUGCUUAUCGUCCUCCCCACUCUUAACGCUGGUCUUGUUUUGCCUCGGGGACUUUUGAGCUUGUGCCCACUUGGAGGCCGAGGACUCUUCCAUGCUUUGAAACUGCCGUCCUUGUCUUAUGUCCGUUAGUUGGUCUCCCUCACCCACACGGUUGCCUCACUCAAGCUGAGCCUCGUGGCUACUUUAGGCCUUAAGACUUGUGGCUGAAACACUAGUGCUGACUGGAUGGCCGUCCUGUCUGUCAGUCGUCUUUAGAGAGGGGGGAUUGAAGGAAUGGGGACAGUCUUACCAAAUCAUGAUCAAAGACUGUCCUCCUCCGCUACCGUCGAUUUGACAGAUGGGCGGCCAAUGAAAGACAGACGCCAGAAGCAGAAGUCACCCCAUCCAAGAACAGUCUGACUUUGUCCUUGUCCACAUGGUGACCAUCAGCCCACAUCAAUCACUUCUGGGGCAGAAGCGCCACAGAUGGCCUAGUCGAUUGUGUGUCGUGGGACUACAAGGCUGGGGAGCAAAACACUGAACCC